CCCCAAGGUCGAGAUGCAGCAGGGCGUAUAAACCCCCAGUCUCCCCAAAGACUACGAAAACUGCUCUUUACCUGGAGUGAAUUGUGAGAUGACUACACGGCUACGGAAACUGGGCUGGGAAUCGACCGGAUGUGUCGUAAUGGCGUUUAUCAUGAACUAGGGGGGACGCAGGUGACAUCUACAAAGACUGGCUGCUUUGAUGCGCUGCUGGAGGCUAGGUGUUCAGGAUACUGGUUUGGGAGGUUUGAUCUCCGUGAUUCUACUGCGAGCGAUACCAAGAUGCGAUUCAUUUUACCUGCUACUACUACUUCUUGACGAUUAUUCUUCACUAUCACUUUCUCCGUGCUUUAGUAAAUUUUCUGUAUUCUUUACCACUGAUCUGCUAUUGCUUCUCCGGUACUUAGCAAAGGAGUCUACCUCCGUCGCUCUAGGAUACGCGGAUGUGGGGAUGAUCGCAUUACUGGACAUCACUCGUUGCAAGGACUGUAAUUGAUAUUCCGAGACAGUCCGUGUGCAGAUAUCUC